GUCUCGAAUGAUUCGAGAUAUCGAGACGUAACGUAAAUCGACAUUGUCCGCGUGUAAAGUGUAAAUCGCUCUUUCCGAGAAGAGGUACACGCUAGGAGCAUCAAAAUGUUGAUGCCAAAAAAGAAUCGUGUGGCUAUCUAUGAGUAUCUUUUUAAAGAAGGAGUCAUGGUAGCAAAGAAAGAUUAUCAUGCAUCAAAACAUCCGGAACUUGAAAAUAUUCCUAAUCUUCAAGUCAUUAAAGCCAUGCAGUCUUUAAAAUCUAGAGGUUACGUAAAGGAACAAUUUGCAUGGAGACACUUUUAUUGGUACCUUACAAACGACGGUAUUGAAUAUCUACGUGGAUACUUACAUCUGCCACCUGAAAUUGUGCCCUCCACACUUAAGAAACAACCGAGAUCCGAAACUACGAGACCGAGACCUGCUGCAGCUAGGAGCGAAGGCUCGAGACCAACGGAAGAUCGUGCGGGAUAUAGACGGGGACCGGGUGGUCCUCCAGGUGCCGGUGACAAAAAAGCCGAUGUUGGUGCAGGUACAGGCGAUCUCGAGUUCCGCGGUGGCUUCGGUCGUGGAAAAGCUCUUCAAUAAAAUAAAAUUUUUUAAAUAAAAUAAAUUGUGCUCUAAGAAACAAAA